AGUCAGAGUGUGUGAAUACAGAAUCAUCUCCAAGGUCAUGAGCGAGGUCAUCUUGAUUGUGUACAGGCUUCUCUUCUCUUCUGCUCUCCGUGCCCGGACCAUCUGUCUCUCGGGAGUCAGGGGAAACCGUUUGCCUAACCGCAGCCAUCAAUCUCGUCAGUAAAAGCCGGUGUCAGUAAGGAAGACUUCAUCAAAUAGCCACAAAGCAUGGCUUCGUCUGUGAACAACGUGAAGCACGGGGACCCGCACGCCGAGGGCUCGCGGCAAGCGAAGGAAGCGGAGCUAAAUCACCCCGAACCCGUCCGGUGCGUGAUGCCGCGCGCGCCCAGGCCCAGGGAAGCAGCCGUGAUGGUGUGUUUGUUCUUGUCUCUGACGGUUUGUGUGAUUUUCGGCGUGAUGUUGGCGACUCGAGGCGGGGUUCAGGAGGUAGGAGGCGUCCCUGACGGGCACGUCUGUCUCACGGCAGACUGCAUCACCUCAGCAGCCCUUCUGCUAUCCAACAUGGACGCCACGGUCGAUCCCUGCCAGGACUUCUUCCAGUUUUCGUGCGGAGGUUGGCUCCAAGAGAACCCCAUCCCUCCCGAGCAGAAGCAGUGGGGGGUCGACUCCAAGAUGUGGGAAACUAACGAGAGGAUCUUGAGGAGGCUCCUCGCGACGCCGACUUUGAGAAACUCGACGGAAUCGUACGAGCGGAAGGCGAAGGACUUCUUCCAGUCGUGCAUGCAGAAGGAGGCCAGAGAACAGGCUUCGGGACGGCCUCUUCUGGAGCUGAUGGACCAGCUAGGAGGCUGGGCAGCCUUAGGGAACUGGAGCGAGGCUACUUGGAACUUUAACGACACUUUCACGAGGUUGCACCUGGAUCUCAAGGUGGACGCGCUCUUCUUUUUAUGGGUGAACUUCGACGAUAAGGAUUCGUCCAAGUACGUCUUCAGGAUUGACCAGGGAGGGCUGGGGCUUCCUGACAGGAGCUACUACAUCAGCCAGGAGUCACUGAAGGUAGUUGAUGCGUACAGAAAGCUGAUAGCCCGGGUUGUGGAACUGCUGGGGGCAGACCCGGCAUCGGCACAGGACUCUGCUCAAGAUGUGGUCAACUUCGAGACCAAACUGGCAGAGCUGACAGUUCCAGAGUCUGAACGAACCAACGUCAACGCGCUGUACAACAACGUCCGGAUUCACGAGCUGAAAACUAUCGCACCCAUGAUCGACUGGGGUUCGUUUUUCCACGCCAUGGUUCCUGACCUCACGCCGUCCGCGAGGGUGGUGCUGUACGCUACCGACUACCUGGGGCAGAUCUCACAACUCAUCGCAGACACGCCGGCAAGGACGCUGAAUAGCUACCUCCUGUGGCGGGUUGCCGCCAGUUUCGUGACGGACCUCAGUCAGCCCUUCAGGAAGGCGCUGGAGAACUUCAACAAGGUUGCUGAGGGGACGGCCGGCGUGACUGAGGAAUGGCGGCUGUGUUUACAGGCGGUGGACGAACACAUGGGCAUGGCGCUGGGGGCCAUGUUUGUCAAGGACUCCUUCUCUAAGGAGAGCAAGGAAAAGGUGAGGGAGAUUGCUGUUGACAUCAGACGAGCUUUCGUCUUCAACCUGGCUAAGAUAGACUGGAUGGAUGACAAGACCAAGGCGUCUGCCGUCGAGAAGUCGAACCACAUGGUGGAGAAGAUUGGAUAUCCAGACUACAUCCUGAAUGACACCCUGCUGGAUGAAAAGUUUACAGAGCUGCGUGUAGGCAGAGAAAGUUUCUUCCAGAACCGGGUGAGCGGGAUGCGACAUCAGGUGCGGCAGAUGCUGGACAAGCUAGAGAGACCGGUGGACAGGACGCUUUGGACGAUGCCACCCCAUCUUGUGAAUGCAUACUACUGGCCAAACACCAACGAGAUGGUUUUCCCUGCCGGUAUACUACAGAGAUCAUUCUACGAUUCAAAGUUCCCCAUGUCGAUGAACUUUGGGGGAAUCGGCGGAGUGAUCGCUCACGAACUGACUCAUGGGUACGACGACUGGGGAGGAAACUAUGACAAGGAGGGGAACCUGAAGUCCUGGUGGUCCAACAGUUCCUGGACUAACUUCACGCGUGCGUCACAGUGCGUCAUCGAUCUGUACAACAGCUACGUCAUCGAAGGCAAACAGAUAGACGGCAGGCUUACCCUGGGGGAAAAUAUAGCCGACAUCGGAGGCCUAAAGCAAGCAUAUUAUGGAUAUAAGUUAUGGAGAAAAGUUCACCAGGACGAGCCUCUACUGCCCGGACUGAACCGGUCACACGAGGAGGUGUUCUUCAUGUCGUUUGCACAGAGCUGGUGCAUCACACAGCGUCCUGAGGCGUUAGACGUCAUGUUACUCGUGGAUCCUCACGCACCACCAAAGUACAGGGUAAUCGGCAGCGUGUCUCAGUUGGCAGAGUUCUCCGAGGCGUUCCACUGUCCGGUGGGCAGCCCCAUGAACCCUGUACACAAGUGUUCGGUUUGGUGAAAACCGUCUUAACAUAAAUAUUUAUGAAUAAGUAACAAUGUAUGAUAUCGUAGAUUUAAUCUUAAGAUUUAUUUAACUUCCCACCAAGAUUAAACCCUGGCAUACUAAUGUUGAUUGCCAAAUAGAGGAAGCUACGAGCUUGUCCAAUAUGUAUGACUUUGGAAGGGAUUAUUUGAAGACAAUUUUCCGAUUUAAGAAAUGGUCAACAAGCUUUUUGACGACAGUUGUCAUUUGCUAAUCGUGAAAAUUAUUAUUAAGUAUUAUAUCAAUGGAUUUCAACAUUGAUUAUCAGUCGCAUCAUAUUAAUAUAUGUAUGUAUAUAAUCUGUAAGCUUGAGUCUGUAAAAAUAACGCCUGAGCAAGCAUUGUGUAACAAAGCUUCAUACAUUGAACAUUAUACCAUUUACUAAAUCUACCUCAGUGGUGUUGGUCUGUUCGUUGUUUGCAUUCUAACAAUCACUGCUCGGAAUUAAACUUGUAUCUUAAACUA